AUUUUAAAAAAUUAAAUUAAAAAAAAAUAUUCUAUUUUUUAUUUUUUUUUAAAUUUUAAUACAUAAAAUAAUAAUAAUAAAAAAAUAGUAAUAAAAAUUAUAAUAGUAAAACAAUUUAUAAAAUAAUAAUAAAAUAAUAAAAUGAAAGUAUUAAGAUCACUUUUAUUAUUUUCUUUUUUAGUAAGUGUUGGUAAUUCAGCUAGUCAAUUCGAAUUGUUUGACUUUGUAUUCAAUGGAUGUUCAAAAGAAUCAAAUCAAAUAAAUAAUGCAAAAAUCUCAAAAUGUUCAAACAUUAAUUUACAAAAUUGUAUUGAGGGUUCAUUUAUAAUUCAAAAUACCCACGGUGACCAAUUUGUUGCAACUCAGUUCAAUGAUAACGAAUGCCAAAAAGUAGGAAAUAAAAUUAAAUUUGAAUGUUCAGAAAAGCACGGUGUAGAGAUUGAUAAUGGCUUUUUCAGAGUAACUUGUUAUAAAGAUUUAGAAAAACAAUCAAAGUAUCAAGAGCAAAAAUCAAUUAAAAAACAAUUUUUUUUAAAUAGCAAUGGUACAUCCGCAUCCUAUUCAAGUAGUAGUAGUGCCUCCUCUUCAAGUAACUCCACUAUUGGUUAUAGUUCAGAUGAAAGCUAUUCAGAUGAAAGCUAUUCAGAUGAAUAUAGUUAUGACAGUGAGUUAGAACCAGAAGAUGACUCAUUUUCAUAUGAUAGUAGUUAUUACUACUUUGGCGAUGAUUACUCUGAAAUCUAUUACGAUGAAGAUUCAAGUUCUGUUUCAGACUCACCAUUAUCAAAUAAUACUAAUUUUAAAAUCAAUAAUAUUGAAAAUCAACAAUCUAAUAAUAACAAUAAUAACAAUAAUAACAACAACAACAAUAACAAAAAUAAUAAUAGUGUACAAUAUGAUAACCAAAAUAAAAUAAAUAGUGAAAAUGUUCACACUCAACACUCUGAUUCAUUAUAUGCCUCAUCUGUUUCAUACGAUAGCUUAGACCCAGACCAUAAUUCACUUACAAGUUUAGAUUAUAGAGAAAAGUUAAAUGAAACUAUCGAAGAAUAUAGAAAAGAAACCAGUAACAACUCUACAAAUACUCCAACUCCAACAUCAAGACCAACUCAAACACCAACUCAAACACAAACACCACCUCAAACACAAACACCAACACCAACUCAAACCCAAACUGAAGCACCAACAGAAACUGCAGCUCUUGGAUCAUCUGCUUCAACAAUAGUUUCAAAACUUUCAUUUUUACUUUUGUCUGUUUUAUUAAUCAAUUUGUUAAUUUAAAUUAAUAAAAAAAAAAAAUUAUUU